CUUUGACGUCGAAGGAUCAGCCCACGCCGCACGUGGUCCACGCGAGUUACUGGAGGCUGGAGAGCGUUUUUUUUCUGGCGGAAAUCGCGCGGUUUUUUGUGUGUUGAGCUUGGGAGAAGUGAUUUGAAGGUUGGAAACUGGCACGUGUGGAAAUUCGUCGAAGUUGUGCUAUCUUGUUGCGUUGAGGCGUUUCUUACUUGGAUUAGUGGAAACCUGCGCUCGGUUAUGUAAACAAGAACAACACCGUUCCAUUACAAAUUCAAGUUGCAGUUUCGAAAUCCUGGCGGAAGUGUUUCGAGAAAUAUAAAAGUUUCAACCCACAAGUACCCGACAGCGUUACGAGCAGAAAAAAAGGUACACACACACCGAUCCUGUGCAUAUUUAGUGGGGCAGCACCAGGCCCUGCCGGAAACCCCCGGCAGGAGCAGGCACCAGAAGCAACAUAAAAGUUUGUUUUGAUUUAUGGUCUUAUUUAUGGCGAAAGUUUUUGGCGAACGCGCCCCCGCGACUGCUCGGUGUGAGAGUGUUGCCGUACCAACGACAUCAACGUUCUGAACCAAGCGCAAUCCAGCGGGGUCAGCGGGAUUCGGCAAGUGUAAUUACAUUACUUCAAACUUUGGGUCAACUCAGUGUAGCGAAAGGAAAAAGCAAAGUAAAAACAUCGACCCACAUGUGACGUGUGUUUGGAUAAAACGGAUUGCUGCUGGAUCGACGACCGGAGUUGACCAGAGGGCAGCAAACAUGGACCCAGUGCUUCAGCUGCUGCUGCUGCUGCGACGGCCGGAACAACUUUGAUGAUGAACCCCACCUACUUCACCAACACCGGUGCCGACGACCAUAAAAUGAACCAAUCUCGUCCGUUCCGCAAACCACCGGACGUGGAGGAAGCCCUCUCCUCCAUGCUGUGGACACCGUACGACAACAACGCGUCCGACACCGACUCGUCGCUGGACGACUCCAACGACGGUAGCCCGGGGGACCUCGGAAGUGGCUCCUCUUUCUCGCACCACCACCACCACCACAUCCAGAACAACAACAACUACCUGCCCUCUUCCUCCGCUGCUCUGAAACGGAGCUUUUCCGAGUGGAAUUACCGGAGCAAACCCGGUGUGGGCCACAAUCGGUACAGCUACCCUUACGGCGGCUAUUCGGGGACGACAAUGGUGGCGCUACCGCUGGAUCCGGCCGCCAACUCCAGUGUCAACGGUUAUUGGAAUAGUAAUAAUAUUUACUCUAAUGGCAGCUACUCCGGGCCGGCGUCGGCGGGGUUUUUCCCACCGUAUCUGGACUGGAAGGAUCGGCCCCUGGUUCCGCUGUUACCGUUCAGUUUGCUUGGCGUGGAAACGGCGGUUACCCCCGGGGGAGGAGGUCGGAUGACCGGCUCGGCCGUACCCGCUCCCGGUGCUAUUGGCUUUGGGACCAGCUUCUACGAGAAUGAUCUGCUCAACUCCAACAUGAUGCUCGGCGUCAAUGACAGCAGCAGUAGCAGCUUUGCCGAUUAUCAGGUUUAUCCCAGCACCGGUUCCUACCUGAGUCCAACAGCACCACCACCACUUCAGCCGCCGUCCUCCUCGCAGAGGCAAUUCACGUCGUCGUCGUCGUCGUGGUCGUCCUCGGCCGCAUCAGGUUACAACCCGAACAGCGACGGCGGCGGCUACGACAAUAACAACAGCAGCAGUCUGUGCAGAAUUUCCGCAAUGCUUAAGCCAGUCAUGCGCGGCCACAGCGGCAACGUCGGAGACCUACAUUUUUCAAAACAUCAACAACGGCCGCCGAAUCAUAGCAUGCUGGAGAAUGCAACUGGUUCGGCUGGCAGCACAACUACCACGAUGGACGGGGCAGCCGCCGACGGCCGAAUACGGCGAAGCCGAAGCAGUGCGGAUGAAUGGAUGAAGAGGAAUGAACAUCGGGAGCCGUUUAACGGCUACCAAUACCAGUAUGGUGGCGGCGGCGCCGAGUUCAUCGCGGAAGAAGAAGGUGGUUGUGAGGGUGCCGUGGAACAAGCAGCUGUUGAUGGAAGGGCGGCGAUCCGAGCCGCUUCGGCGGCUGCCAGCGAUCGGGACGGCUUCAGUAGUGUGCGGAUUGUGAACGGAGAAGCAUACGCGUCGGAUUUGGUCGAUACCGCGUCGUCGUCGUCGUCGUCGGAAUCGCGGUAUCGUUGUCGAUCGGCGUUUGUUGACAGCGUUAGGGACUACAGUGAUAGUGGGAACAGCUCGCGGGUUAGGGCACUGCAGCAGAACUUGCGCGGUUUUGGUCGCAGCGUUCGGGACCGGUUCGUUCGGGAUAUCAUGCGGUUGAACGUGCCAGCGGCCCCCGAGGGCGGCAGCCGGACCAGCGUGUACAUUCCGUCCGCCGAAGGGACGGCUACCACGGUGGAAAGUGCAGUUUCGUUACUCAGUGAGGGUGGCCAACCGCGGCCAACCCUAACGAUCCAGGUGAAUCGGGUUGAUACCAACAACCAGGAGCAAAACGACGUCGUCAACAAUGCGUCCUCCGGGGUCAGCAUCGUGAAUUGCUACCGCCGUGAGACGCCCCUCAAAAGUGAUCAGGAGAAUGUCGUACCCAAUGGGCAAGAUCGGCCCCAAGAGUGUCAAUUCUAUCCAAGUGAUGUUAACAGUGCUACCACAAUUGUCGAUAAAAAUCUUGUAAAUAUCAGUGCAAAUGCAGAGCAAAUGGUUCAUGUUUCUAACACAGUAGUGCAAAGUGGUUCCAGCGAUCCCGUGGAUCACAACCAGAAGAAUCCAAUCCCCCAAACAAUGCCCCAAACGGAUAUCGACCGCAUUGAGCCUGCAGCCACAACAAACCCAAACCGUACCUACACCUCAACCGAGGCCCAAACCGACCUCCUAGAGCCAUCCCCGUACCCAACCCCAACCCCAUACCCUACCCAUCACCCGCCACCCCCGCUCCUUCUGUCCCCACCCGGUUCGGAGUUUUCCACCCGGGAGCACCGACGUCGGGAGCGUCGCGAGCGUCGCCAGGCGCGGAACCGCCUCGCGCACAUCCACCCAAUUGACCCCACGGGCCACCGCCCCGAUCCGCCAUCACCACCGCCGCCCCCUCCCCCGAUCGAGCUGAUUCCGGAUAUUCUGCACAGCCAUCUGCCGCCGCCGUACACGACGCUACCGAUGGGCGCAAGUGCGGCGGCCGUUCUGCACCAUCCGGGGCCCAUGCUGGCGGCCCCGAUCGGGGCUCACCAUCCGGCGGCGGUGGCGGUAGCGGCGGUGCAUCAUCGGGGAGCGGCGGCCGGGGUGGUGGGAGCCACCGAGGAUUGCCGGUACACGUUCCCGAUCCCGAUUAUGAGAAGCUCACCGUCGGAGCGGUCGCGGAAGGGCUGCUGCGGCCACUGGUUCGCCGGGCCACCACUGCGGGCGCUGAUCGCGGUGGUGGCCCUGGGCGGUGUGGCGUGCGCCCUCGGCGGGGCGGCACUCGGCGCGACCGGACUCGCCGGCUCACCUACCUCACACCUGACGGCGGCCUUACUGAUGAUUGGUGUCGGAGUGAUUCUGGUGACCGUGAGUGGCGCCGCGUGGCGUAUGACGGCCCCCGGGGCGCCGCCCUGUCUCGGGCUCGGCUCGACCGUCGAUCUGGGCCGGUGCUCGCGUCGACCGUGUGGCCGCGGCGGAAGCACCCCCCACGGCCUGCUGUAUCCGGAGUUCCAGCACCGGCCACCACCGCCAUCCUACCAGGCCAGCAUGCAGGAGUACAGGUUAAGGCUUCUUCUAUUGGAUAGAGAUCGUCAAUCUGGAAGAAUGCGCAGCACGGCGUCGCCCCCACCAACCUAUCGAUCCAACGUCGGGAGUCUACUAAGAAUCCCCCUCACCUCACGGUACAAUAGCAGCAGCAACAACAACGCCACCACCGGCAACAACCCGGCCACCGGCGGCAGCACGACCAGUCUGUUUGGCGGCAUCAGUGGCAUCAUCAACGGCGCCAUGGGCAGCAGCACCAACAGUCUCAACGGUUCCACCAGCCCGGACCAGCACCUCCACCUCCAGCUCCAUCCGGAUCCGAGUGGGGGUGGCGCCCCACCGCCCACCUACCGAACCAUCGACCGGCGAAGCUCGUCCGGAACGCCGGACCCGGACCAGCAGGACCAGAAGUCAGACGACAAUGCCGGAACCAUAGCGACGACGACAUCACCGCCACCGCCGCCGACUUCGGUUAUUAAAAUAGAUGACAGUAAAUCAACGCCUGCUGCUGGUGGUGACCACAACGUGGCCGGCGCCGGUACUGGAUCCGCCGCCGUGGUGCUGAAACAUAAACAACGAAAUUCAAUUACGCACGAUUCAAUUGAGGCCGACAGUGGAAGUAGUAUUAAGCCGGACAAACCGAACCAGGACUUGGUUACGAUUGUUACCAUUUCCGGCACGCAACGCAGCAGCGGCAGUGAAGAAGGUGCGCUUCCUCCCGGGAAGGACGGACCGCUCUAGCCGGGUUAGAGUGGAUACAAAUAAAAAUCGCAUAUUUUUAAAUUUCGAAAAAAAAAUCACACAAAUAUAAAAACAAACACAAAAAUCGCCAUGGAAGUCUAGUUUUCGCAUAUGAAUAUGUUUUUUUUUGUUGUUGUCCUCUUUUUGCCUUUAGUAGAAGAAGCGCGUGUUUUGGUUGUAAGCCGGCUUUGAGCGGGGAGGAAAAAAAGGGUUGUUGUUUUGUUGUGGAGGAGAUUUAUGCACGUGCCGGCGACUAGCUUUGGGGACGAAAAAAACGGGGAUGGAUUUUAUGUUGCAAAACACUCGCGAGAGUCAUUCAAUGGCGCGUGCAGUGCACACAGAGCCUACAGCUUUGGGGCGAUGUAUUUGAAUAAUGGAUGGGGAUGCUGCUCUGGUUUGGUUGCGAGCAAGAUAUGUAGGUCAGUUUGUUGGAACCAGAGUGUCGCAAAAUGUGUUGAGAAGUUUUCUAAAACUAUGAAAAAUGAAGCAGUUUAGAAGCGAGAUUGUGUUUGUCACGUAGGAUCAAGCGGCAUUUUUAUGGCGGACAGAUAUUUCCUUUUUGCGUUUUUAGCUGAUAUCAAAAGCUUGAAGCUCAACUUGGGAAAAAACUUCUAAAUAUCCCUAAAUAAUUAACAAAAAUCGAUCUCUCAAUUUCAAUAAUCCAUAACCGAUAAAUUUAUAUCUUGUGUUGGUAAAUUCGAUUUGUGUGAUAGAUUCAAAAAAAUUGGAAAUAAUUUAGAAGUUACUGCAUUUAAGUUGUUUUGUUCUAAAGACAAGUUUUUUUUCAUUUUUUUAUUUUUUGAUCAACUUUAUGGGUCAUUCAUAGAUGUUUUGUCAGAAAGGCUUGAUUAAUUGUAAUUUUUAUUUAAUUAUUUUUUAAAACUUUGACUUUUCUGCGACCAAAUUAUUUGUCAAACUGGUUGCAAUACUCUUUGUGGAAAUAAUUCUAUUAACAUGCAGUUUUCUGAAAUAAUACGCUCAGAUGAAUAUUAUUAGUAUUUGCCUAGGAGUUCAGCAAAUUAUAAAAAUUCUAAUUUUUUAAUUGGCUCAGUUUUUUAUACCUACGUGUUUGAUAUGUCCAAAAUGUUGAAAACUCUGCGAUCGGUUCAAUGAUAUUUCGAGGAAUUAUUGUUUUUGCAAUUCUGUCGUGAAACUACUUACUUUUCCUGACGAAACACCCUCGUUUUCUAAAAAAAAAAAUAAUAAAAUCGAAUAAAACAACUUUUCAAAACCUAUGCUGAAAAGUUUACCUUUCAGCUCUAAAAUGUAUGCUGAAAAGUUGAACUUUUCAGCAAUUGUUUCGAAAAGUAAUACUUUUCAACAUUGUUUUGAUUUAAACGGCGGAUUGACUAAACACAUGGACAAAA